AUGGAGUUUACGUUUCGUCUAUACGAUUACAGUGGUGAUGGUAGGCUGAAUGAGGAUAUUUGGUAUGGAAAUAAUGUCAGUGGUUUCAAGUUGGUGUAAGUUAAACUUUAGUUUGUUUUUACUUUGCUUGAAGCAAUAUAACGAGCUCCUGUAUAUUGAAAACCUUGUAUAAUAUACCAAAACAACUGUUAAACUUUUGGUUAUCGUUACAGAGCGUUUAAAUGACUGUAUGUUCAUUCAAAAAUGUUUUUACUCACCUUUUUGUUACUUCAGUUCUCAUAAAAAUCCGAAAUGUCCAAUCGACUGUGGACAGUAUAUGAAUGUAAGCGUGAGUAUGGGCAACGGCUCGAAGCCAAAUGUGAUUGGAAUCAAAAAAGUACCAAACCAUGACGUUUUUGAAAUUUCUGUUUUGAAAGACGGCGGGUUUAAAUACGAUUACAUUAAAACGUAGGUCAUUUUGAGUAUUUUAUUUCACUUUUUUUUGGAUUUUUACUGAUUUCACUUUGCAAGCAAAAUGCUCUUGCCGGUCUUACACUAAUUGUUCAAAAAGCACUAAUCAAACACGCCUGACAGGUUUAAAUGAGCUUAGAAACUUGGAAAAAAUAAAAUUUUUAAAACUUUGAAAUUUAUUGGCCAUUUUUUGCGGAAGCGUCCUACCUUGACUAAAAAUCAUCAUUUUUGCUAAGCCGGUGGACCAAAAGCAUUCUUUGUAGGCUUUUUUGUGUAGCGGCACCCCAAUUAAAAAAAAUUCACUCUGACCCAGCUACAGCACUAAGAAUUGAUUUUUCUUGAGUAAAGGUACCCCUUUGAACAAAAUUACUCCUCUGGUCAGCUAACUAACAAAGUGCCCAACUUGUCCCGCUCUGAUUGACUUCAAAAUUUUUAUAUAGAAAGAUCAUGUAAAUAUAAGAUCUUCAGCAAAGUACUAAAUCUCGCUUUUUAGUUAAUCCCGAGAAAAUCGAAAUCAAAAGAUCAAUUUUGAAGUUCCCGCCACACUGGUAUAUAAUAACUUUGUCAUUUCUUGACUUUUAAUAAUUUUUCUUUGAUGUACUAGUAGAAAACCUCAAAAUGGACCUACAUUUUCAAUUUUUAAUAACGUAGCUUGUCUGGAAAGUCAAAAAAAGAGCUUGAAACACAAUGCCAAAUUUGCUAAAUUGGCGCGGAGCUCAAAUAUUUAAAAUUUAAAACUCAAAAGCGCGAGUUAAAAUUUUUUCUCUGUACUAAUAGUGGUACAAAGAACUCAUAUAAAAACUUUGAGAUGAUUCUGAGCGGGACAGGUGAGGUACUUUCCUUGUGUGUAGGGCAGGUGGGGUACUUUCCUUGUGAGUAGGGCAGGCGAAGUAUUUUCCUUGCUAAUUUCAUUCAUUUUCAGAAAAAACACUUCCAAGGUAUACCUGUUGAAUGAUAUCGUGGUGAUAGAUCAAAUGUGCGAAGGUAACAAACAAUUGCAAAUUUACAAUAUAACACAAGGCAAUGUUAGUACGAAUAUUGUAGCAAAGCAGCCUAUAUGUGGCCAAACUGUUGUUAUCGACGAUCAUGUGUGGUAUUACGAAAAAGCAAAGUAUUUUGGUCUCAACAAUAACUACUGGAUUGAAGAAGGGUUUUUUAAGAAAAAUUUUAAUACUUACUAUGGAGAUGGCAAACAAUUUACUGGCUUUUAUAAAGUGGUGAGUUUUAUAUGGGUAGGAUAGGGUAGGGUAGGGUAGGGUAGGGUACACAGGUAAGAUAUGUUACAACAGAGUAAAAUGACAUCAUUAAAGGAUUACAUUACUUAAACCUAUACUUUUCAGCACGACCUACUUCCUAGCGAACUUAAAAUUCAUAAAAAUUUGUAUGUUCAAUUUCUCAGAAAUGACACGCGUACUACGACUUCAACACAAUCUACUACGGGAACGACGAACACAACAAAGGAUGCAUCCAACACAACGUCUACAUCGACUACGUCUUCAGAUGAAACGUCCGGAGACAACUCAACAGUAAGCACUACGCCAAAGCAAUUGUAAGUUAGAUAAAGAACUAGGAACCCUGCUCUUACGUCUACCGUAUCCUACUCUACGCUACCUUACCCGACCCUACCUUACCCUAUCCUACCUUACCUUACCCUACCCUACCCUACCUUACUCUACACUAGCCUAGCCUACCCUAAUCUACCCUACCCUACCCUACCCUACCCUACUCUAUCCUACCCUACCCUACCCUACCCUACCCUACCCUACCCUAUCCUACCCUACCUUACUCUACACUAGCCUAGCCUACCCUAAUCUACCGUACAUACUCUACCUUACUCUACCUUAUCCUACUCUACCCCCACCCUGACUCUUACUCUUAUACCUGUCCUAUCUCUACUUACCCUAACCGUACUGUAAAACAUCUACAGGCUUCAUUUUUUAGACCUAAUGAAGCAACAACAAUACUGAGUGAUUCAGAACUUGCUGCUUCUCACGCUGCUAACUUGUUGGAGACUUGUAGCUUGACUAAGGUGUUGUACGACUAUCAUAAUGUGCUUGAUAUCGAUGUUCUUCAAUACGAAUAUGAAAACGGGAAUAUCAAUGUGAAUUACUACAAAAAUUAUUUGACCACGCGGAACUUAACGUAGGUCUUCAAGGUUAACUCUGUAGGGAUGUGCUAUUAAAAAUGGCUAUUGAAAUUUAUAGUUUUUAGCUAUUUUUAGGUAUAAAAGUCUAGAUUUUUCAAUUUUAGAAGCACGACGAUACCUGUCAAUGAAUCUAUGACAUUAUUUGUGGCAUUUCUGGCUGAGAAUGGACAAGAUCCGACCAAUUUUUAUUUUAGUCAUGUUGCUGGAAAGGAGUAAGUGCAUUAUUAUAUAUUGUGGUUUAUGUGAUUGUCUAGGGGUUGGUUAGGGUAAUAAGGCUUUGGUAGGAGGGCUUGGUUAGGUUAAUGAGAAGACUUAGCCAGGGCUUGGCUAGGUUAAUGAUAAGUCUUGGGUAGGGGUUGGUUAGGUUUGUGAUAAGGCAUGGUCAGUUUAACGUUUAAGGCUUGGGAAGGGCUUGGCUAGAUUAAUUAUAAGGCUUGGCCAGGGCUUGCCUAUGUUAAUGAUAACACUUGGCCAGGGCUUGGCGAGUUAUAGAACAACGAAAAAUAAGGGGUAAAAUACGGUUUGCAUAGGGCUAAUGACCUUUAUAUUAUAUUAGAACAGCAUGGUAAGCUCAUAAGAAGGCCAGGGUAAGCUUUUGUUGGGGUAGAUUAUUAAAAUAUUUUUUUUAGAACUAAAAUCUACAGUCACAUCAACAACACCAUAACCCUUCUAGCCAAAACAGAAACAGGCCAAGCUCUAGUACUACAUGACAGGAUCUUCACAUACGAUUGUAACGACAAGUACUACUUGUAUGCUUUUGAUGGAACUCGGUUCAUGCCAUUAUGGAACCGAGACGACUUUGACUGUGCCUAUCAGGUAUCGACCGGAGAUGAAUUCAGAAUCUUUGUUACAAAAGGUCAUAUUUGUAUGUCAGCCGUGCCAGAAAAGACUGUGACAAGAUUCAAGGAAUGUGAAUUUUUCAAAUUCAACUACUUCACCAAGGCCAGGCUGGCUCAGACGAGGUUUUUGUCAUUGGUAAGGGGAUGUUUUGACAGUUUUGGUAGUUGUGGAGGAUUGGAUGCUAUUUUUCAUGUCGCACUUAUCAACUUUGACUUUUAGUACUACAUAGCAUCGAUGGCGGAAUGUGGACUCUCAUUAUCAGACAACGAAGCCCGUAGCAUCUUUAUCAGAUUCAUUUUGAAGCCAAAGAAGAUGGUCAAGUCUACUACAGCAUCAGUUAAAUGGAGCAUGCUUCUUACUCUCUUGAUGGCAUAUUGGAUGACAGUUUAA